AUGCUGCACAGACGGGCCCGGGAAGAGGACAGUGCCGUCCUGAUCGACGUGGCCGCCGGGGCAGAGAAGGGGGACUCUCACGGGAGCACAGCCAAUGCCUCGGAGAACUGGGCUGCAUCCUCCUUGGGCGUGGGGACCACGCUGCCUGAAGCCACACGCUGCCCAAAGGGCCCUCAGCCUUCAGUCCAGAUGGCGGCCCUCAGCUUUCAGCACACGUCACAGCCAGCUGGGGACGCCCAUGCCUGUCCCCUGGGCUUCUGGCCUUUCGGGGACCCCGAUGGCUGUGAUAUGCGUGACGUCCAGGACGAGGACAGCGUGGUGCGCUACCACCUCUUCAGCGCCCCUUGGGCUGUGCUCCGCUCUUACGCGGAGGACCUGCAUCUGAAGCUGCCCCUGCAGUUCCACGGUGCUCCUAGAAGCCUUGUGGCCAAGUCGGGACGGGGAGGGGCAACUGACAAUUCCUUCCAGGAGCUGCCCAACCAGGCCUCCAACUGGGCAGCCAGCCUGCUGGAGUGGCUGGGGUUCCCCAACAUCCUGCUGGAGGACGUACCCGACGUGCCCCACAAGUCUUACUCCUGCCAGUUCAAAGUGAGCAAUCUGUCCAGGUUCCUCGGGAGUGAGAACCAGGCCCCCUUCUUGCCCAUCACCUACAGGCACCAGAUUCUGUUCGAGGUCCUGGCCAAGACCCUGUACGGCCACGAGAGGAAGCGCCUGUUUGGGAAUCGACCAGCUGCUGGGGGAGGGGGUCUUCAGCGCAGCCUUCCCCCAGCACGACGUGAUUCCAGGGGCUGGAGGGGCGGGGCAGGGUGGUCGGGCUGCCGCCAGAGGGGCCCCUUGACGACACCCCCAGAGGGCCCACGGGCCCUGGGUCUCACCCAGCGGCAGGUCCGGCUCCAGCCCUGGGCCCACUGGCACAAGUGGCACAAGUACCAGCUUCUGGACCACGUGCGCAGGUACCUCAGGGAGAAGGUGGCCUUCUACUUCGCCUGGCUCAGCCAGCGCUCCCUGGCCGAGCCCUGCCCCUGCCCCACCACCUGGCCCCAUAAGGCUGGCCGGCUCUUCGACCACGGCGGCACCGUCCUGGGGCUGUUCCCACUACGAGGACCUCAAGAAGCCGCCUGCGCCGUGCUGGCCGGCUCCACGGUGGUCACGGUGAUGGUGGCCGUGGUGGUCAUGUGCCUGGGGUCCAUCGUCCUGUACCGGGCCAUCAUGGCCAUCCUGCUGUCCAGGUCAGACAACACCCUCCUCGCAGCCUGGAUGAGCUUCCACUGCUCCUGCUGGUGGGGUGGGGGUGGGGGCUCUGACCCACCCCUCCGUCACCCUGCCAUCUCCUAUCAGGCGUCACGCGUCUCCAGCCUCACGGGGUCCAUGGUGAACCUUGUCUUCAUCCUCAACCUCUCCAAGAUCUACAUGGCCCUGGCCCACGUCCUGACGAAAUGGGGCGCUCGCUGUGCCGCACAGACGCACCGGACCCAGACCAAGUUCGAGGACGCCUUCGCCCUCAACGUGUUCAUCUUCCAGUUCGUCAACUUCUACUCCUCACCCAUCCACAUCGCCUUCUUCAAGGGCAGGUCAGCGCGCGGCACCGGCAGCGCCCUGCCUGGCCGCGCCCCGUGUCACGCCCGCAAUGACCACGCACUAGGGGAAGGCGGGGGCGGUGCAGGCGUCCGGCACGCGGCGCCCCUCGUGCUUCCGUCAGCUGGGCUGCAGGCGGCCGCGGGAGCAGAGGCAUGGUUCGCCCCUAGGUUCGUGGGCUACCCGGGCAACUACCACACCUCGCCUGGGGUCCGCAGCCAGGAGAGCGACCAGGACCCGGCUUGGGAGGACGGGGCCAUCGUCCUGGGGGUUUCUGUCUCCAGGGAGCUACGGGGCUGGUGGCAGAGGUCCCGGCUCUGCUCCAAGGAGAGGAAGGCAGGGCUGGCCAGGUGCCCUGGGAGGCAGGCAGACUACGAGCUUCUGCCCUUCCAGGGCCCCUUUGACGGGCACCUUGAGAUGGUGCUGCAGUCCGGCUUCAUCACCGUCUUCGUGGCCGCCUGCCUCCUCGCGCCGCUCUUCGCCCUGCUCAACAACCGGGUGGAGAUCCGCCUGCACGCGCGCAAGUUCGUCCGCGAGCGCCGGCGCCCCGUGGCCGAGCGCGCGCAAGGCAUCGGCAUCUGCUUCCACAUCCUGGCGGGCAUCACCCGCCUGGCGGUCAUCAGCAACGCCUUCCUACCGGCCUUCUCGUCCGACUUCCUGCCGCGCGCCUACUACCAGUGGAGCCGCGCCCGCAACCUGCGCGGCUUCGUCAACUUCACGCUGGCGCGCGCCCCGCCCGCUUUUGCCGCCGCGCACAACCGCACGUGCAGGAUAGCAAAGGAGCUGGCCGGGAAGCCUGCGUGGGGACAUUCCCUGCUCCCAGUACCCUCGCUGGUAUCGGGCUUUCGGGGGGAUGAUGGACAUCAUGCCCGGACCUACUGGAAUCUUCUGGCUAUCCACCUGGCCUUCAUCAUCGUGUGUGAGGCACCAGCAUGGUGCCCCACGAAGGCCACCCUGGGGCACUUGUUUUGCCAAGGGGUGGGGGUGCCCUGCCCCCAGCACGUGGUGUUCUCCAUCGGCCGGGUCCUUGACCUCUUGGUGCCUGACAUCCCCGGAUCUGUGGAGAUCAAGGUGAAGCGGGAGUACUACCUGGCCAAGCAGGCACUAGCCGAGGACGAGGUGAGCACCCCAGCCCCCGGUGCUCUGCUGCUGUCCCGCUCCCCCUUCUCUGCCCUUUCCUGA